UUACGCAUUUUUGUUUUAGUAAAUAAUUGAAGUUGUUAUUGCCGUCAUUCAAUUAAUAUUAUUAUUGAAAUAAAAGAAAUCCAGUUCAAAUCUUAAAACAUGUCAGAAAAAGCGAGCAGUGUACUAUGUGCUAAAGAAAAUCUUUUGAACAAGUCAGAAACUUCUAGCUCAGCAUCGGCUGUCACAACCAUGCAGAAAAGGCAAUUUCUUACUAAAAAGACGAUUAAUGAGAAUAUAGCGCCUCUUGGAUGCAGCAUCAAGCCAGUCUUGCAAGUAACAGCUACCUCCAAGAUCUUAGCUAAUACAGAACAAAAGCCACAAUUGAUAGUUACAACUGUUGACACAGCGAUUGCUACAGGAAACAAAGAUACGCUUUUAGCUUGCUCGGAAAAGCCAAUAUCUUCAGCAAUGGCGGUAGAGAGCUGUGGUAGCACAAGUAAUGUGAACAGAGAAAUCUCUGUUAAGGAUAAGACUGAAAGAAUUAUCACAACAACGGCAAAGCCAAAGAAAACAUGGGCACUGAGCAACUUUGAUAUUGGUCGACAGCUAGGACGUGGAAAGUUCGGAAAUGUAUAUUUGGCUCGUGAAAAAGAAUCUCAGUUUGUAGUUGCGCUUAAAGUACUUUUCAAAAAACAAAUUGGCGAAACAAAUGUGGAGCAUCAGGUGCGCCGCGAGAUUGAAAUACAAUCGCAUCUACGGCAUCCUCAUAUUCUACGCCUUUAUGCAUACUUUCAUGAUGAAGCCCGUAUUUACUUGAUACUUGAGUAUGCUCCGCAAGGUACGCUAUUCAGUGCACUGCAGGCACAGCCCUUAAAGCGCUUUGAUGAUCGCCAGUCGGGUACAUAUAUAAAGGCUUUGUGUUCGGCGUUAUUGUAUUUACACGAACGCGACAUUAUACACCGAGAUAUCAAGCCUGAAAAUCUGCUACUUGGUCAUAAAGGAGUACUAAAAAUUGCCGAUUUCGGGUGGUCAGUUCAUGAACCCAACUCAAUGCGCAUGACGUUGUGCGGUACAGUCGAUUAUCUACCGCCUGAAAUGGUACUGAACAAGCCUCACACAAAGAAUGUUGAUCUAUGGAGUCUGGGUGUGCUCUGUUAUGAGUUGUUGGUGGGCAACGCCCCAUUCUAUUCUAAAAAUUAUGAGGAGACCUACAAGAAGAUACUUAAAGUGGAUUACAAACUGCCAGAGCAUAUUUCUAAGGCCGCUGCUCACUUGAUAUCGAAACUAUUGGUGUUAAAUCCUCAGCACCGCCUUCCGUUGGAUCAGGUUAUAUUACAUCCAUGGAUUGUGGCACACACGCAAUGAAACAAACAAAUUAAAC